AUGGAGAUCGGCGGUUUGGAGACAGUGGUGGCCAACUCGGCGUACGUGUCGGCCCGAGGAAGCGUGGGGCCCGUCGGCAAGCGGCUCUUCCAGCAGUUUCUGGAGAGCGAGGCCACCCGCAAAACCGCCGGAGAGCUGUGGAAGGACAUCGAAGACUACGCCAUCUGCCAAGAAAAGGACAGAGUACAGAAGGCUCAAAAAAUGGUCAAUAAAUACUACGAGUCGGCGUCAAAGAACUUCUGCAGCUUCCUGGAAGAGAAGGCUGUCACCCGAGUGAAGGAGGACUUCAAAAAUGUCCACGGUGACUUAUUCAAAGAGAGCGAGAAACAGCUCCUCAAACACCUGGAGACAAAGGCCGUGGACGGCUUUAAGCUGAGCAUGUACUUCCUGCGUUACGUUCAGUUCAAGUGGUUGGAGGCGCAACCCGUCGACGAGGAGUGGUUCAUGGACUUCAGGGUCCUUGGCAAGGGAGGUUUCGGCGAAGUGUACGCUUGUCAGGCUAAGGCUACGGGUAAAAUGUACGCCAAUAAAAAACUGGAUAAGAAGAGGCUGAAGAAACGCAAAGGCUACGAGGGCGCGAUUGUGGAGAAGCGUAUCCUUGCCAAAGUCCACAGUCGCUUCAUUGUGUCGCUGGCGUACGCCUUCCAGACCAAGACUGACCUCUGCCUGGUUAUGACUAUCAUGAAUGGUGGGGACCUUAGGUUUCAUAUGUACAACGUGGAUGAAAAAAAUCCUGAUUUCACUGAGAAGAGAGCGUCUUUCUACACAGCGCAGAUCAUCUGUGGGCUGGAACACCUUCACCAGCACAGGAUCAUCUACAGAGACCUGAAGCCGGAGAACGUGCUGCUAGAUGAUGCAGGACACGUCCGCCUGUCAGAUUUGGGCCUGGCUGUCGAGCUUCCACCAGGAAAAGACAAAAUGUCUGGUUAUGCAGGAACUCCAGGUUUCAUGGCUCCAGAGCUGCUCCAGAAAAAAGAAUACGACAACUCAGUGGAUGAUUUCACUCUGGGAGUGACUCUGUUUGAGAUGAUCGCAGCCAAAGGACCCUUCAGAAUACGAGGAGAGAAGGUGGAGAAUGACGAGGUGGCGCGCAGAAUUUUGAACGAUCCGGUGCCGUACACGCCCAACUUCAGCGAAGAAUGUAAAGCUAUUUGUGAAGGCUUGAUGGAAAAGGAUCCAGGGAAACACCUCGGGUUCAGGAACAACGAGCGCGCUGAGCUCAAGAGCCAAGCCUUCCUCAAGGACAUCAAUUGGGGACGUCUCGAGGCUGGUAUGCUGCCGCCACCAUUUGUCCCUGAUCCCAGGACGGUCUACGCCAAAGACAUCGACGACGUGGGCGCCUUUAGCACCAUCGAAGGCGUGGUCAUGGAUAGCAAGGACACGGAGUUCUUCGCCGACUUCGCUUCGGGCAACGUUCCGAUGGGUGUGUUUGGAGAGUUGAACGUCUGGGCCGAGAACGGACAGCUGCCUAACGACCUCGACCCAAACUACGUGGAAGCCAAAGGUGGAGGGUGUGCGAUUCUUUAAAGUAGAAUGUUUUUUGGUUGUUGUUCAUUUUGGUAAAUAAGAGUGUCUAAAUAUCGAAAACAUAUGUCAUUAUAACGCAGUGCAGUUCUACAACUGUAAACAACAACAACAAUAAAAACAUGAAUAAAUUACUGCAUCACUAUUAUUUAAAUCAGCUCAUUAAUAUCUUUGUAAAGAUGUUUUUUUUUAUUAUUAUUUAAAUAUUGCAUUGGUUCUCAUUAGACUGUGGAUGUGAACCCAAUCAAAUGUCCAGUGAGUAUAGAAUAGCAAUAUUGUAGGUCUGUUUAACUAUAAUGAUACUGUAUAGAUGUAUAACUAUGUAUCCCAUUAUAUAAAAUGAUGGUUAAAAAAAGGUUUAAUGAGCAAAAACUUGUAAUUAUGCAUUUCAGUGUCAUAUAAAAUUCAAGUGUGUACUGUG